UUCAUCCGGGGAGUUGCUAAAAUUGAACUGUGUUGCACCUCCCUUUUUCUUGAAGACUUCAUAUACAGUUGCUAUUUCAUCCGGGGAGUUGCUAAAAUUGAACUGUAAACUAUCCAUGGUUUCAAGAUUCUUCUAAGAGACUUCUAGCUGAAGAACAAAAUGGCCCUGUACAAUAUGCUAAGCUUUCUUGAAAGCAGUAUUCUGAUCCCUAGUUUCGUCAAAAAAGUAUUCUGAUCCCUACAGCAUCUUGUUCUGAUCCCUAGUUAUCUCCUAUCUUGCUGCAACUAUAAAGGGCUAUACUUUUGGUUUGUUCUGCCAUUUUUUCAUUAGUUGUGUUUUUGUAUAAGCAUAGUUGUUCUGGAAGAACCUUUACCUCGCCAUCUUACCACUUGGUGUAGCCUUGCAAUUCUCUGGAAGCAAGCAUGCAACCUCAGAGGAAGAUGGUUGUGUCGAAGAAGCUCAUGAAGGUUGGCCCGUGGGGCGGCGCCGGAGGACACCCGUGGGACGACGGCGGCCACUCCGGGAUCCGCAGCAUCACCAUGUCCUACGACAGGUGUAUCGACUCAAUCAGCGUGGAGUACGACAGGGACGGCCAGGCCGUCCCCGGCGAGCGACACGGUGGAGCCGGCGGCAAUCACACGACUCAGAUCAAGCUGAGCUUCCCGGAUGAGUACCUGACCACCGUGAGCGGGCACUACUCCCCGAUCGCGCCCGGCGGCUCGCCGGUGAUCCGUUCGCUGGAGUUCAGGACCAACCAGAGGGCGUACGGGCCGUUCGGCGUUGCGGAGGGCACACCGUUCACGUUCCCGGUGGACGGAGGGGUGAUCGUCGGGCUCUGCGGGAGGAGCGGCUGGCAGCUCGACGCCGUCGGCCUCUACGUCGCGCCGCUGCGCCCCGAGACGAUGUACGACAAGGUGCAGAAGCUCGGGCUUACCGCUUACCGGGCAGUCAAGUACCGGAUCGGCCCUCAGCAGCAGCAGCAUGAGGAUGAGCAGGUGAGACAGCAGAAAGUCAAUGCUCAGCUAACUCACAAGACAUAGUGAUCGUCACUAGUCAGAACUCAGAAUGCCAGCCAACGCUCUUUCUGCAUGUGUUCAGCGAGUGUAUGAAUCUAGUGUACCUGACGUACUAAGUAAUAGUUAGUAUAGCAAUUCAGCAGAGUUUACUGCUACAUUGUAAGAUGAUUUGGAACGAGUAAUUGAGCGAGACCAACUAGCUAUGGCGGUAACCUGCAGGCUACAGCCGCUGUUCUACGGCGGCGCACUGAAGCUGAGCCGGCGCACCAGCGAGACGAUGGCUUUGGCCCACCGCCGGAUCUCAUCCUUGACCUUGUCAGGCUCAACGUUCUUGAGAUGGCCGGAGUCCAGCUCAGACACGAGGCGGCUGAUGCUUCGGUAGAACUCGGCGCCGGCCAGUGGUUCUACGGCCGAGACGCCGGUCGACGUUGGUUAGCCGAGUGGGUUAUGAUAGUACUUGAUUAAGCCUUAAUUAAGGAGAUCAUUAACUUUAAUAUCAAACAUCAUCUUAAGCGGAA